AACAGUAGCAUUUGAUAAAGCGUUUGAUCUGCCGCAGCCGACAAAGUGCCUCGGUUUGUUAUAAACGUCAUUUAUAACCUUCCUCAGGAUCUAGAUCGGUCUAAGCGAGUACUAAGCAAGUUUCAGAGCUCAUCAGUUUCUAGAUUAGUGCAACUACUGUGCAUAAGUCAACAUGAAGUUUGCAGAACAUUUAUCUGCACACAUUACGCCAGAGUGGCGUAAGCAAUAUAUUAGCUAUGAGGAAAUGAAAGCUAUGCUUUAUACAGCAGUGGAAGAGGCACCUUCAGAUGAAAGCGUAGAACCAGAGGUGAUAUCGCGUCAUUUUGCCUCAUUUGAUGAAGUAUUUUUUACAUUCUGUGAUCGUGAAUUAAAAAAGAUAAAUACAUUUUAUUCAGAAAAAUUGGCAGAAGCCACCCGCAAAUAUGCAGCACUGCAAAGUGAAUUGAAAACUGCAUUGGAGCUGCAACAAGGAAGUGGAAAGAACAAAGGAAAGGCCAAUGUGAAACCAGUUUUGUCUACCAGAAAGCUUAGGGAUCUAAAACUUGCAUUUUCAGAAUUUUAUCUCUCUUUAAUCCUCCUUCAAAACUAUCAAAACCUUAAUCAUACUGGAUUUCGCAAGAUUCUCAAGAAACAUGACAAGCUGCUAUCGGUCGACGCUGGUUCAAAAUGGAGGUUUGAAUGUGUAGAGACGUCACAUUUUUACACGUCCAAAGAUAUAGACAAAUUAAUACAAGAAACAGAAGCCACAGUAACAAAUGACCUUGAAGGUGGUGAUCGGCAGCGUGCAAUGAAACGUCUUCGGGUACCACCGCUUGGCGAGCAUCAAAGUCCAUGGACUACUUUCAAAGUUGGUUUAUUUUCCGGAAGUUUCAUUGUUCUAUCUAUUGCAGUCGUCCUUUCAGCGAUUUUCCAUGAUAGUGGAGAGAAUUUGAAGAUUGCAUUUAGACUAUAUCGAGGUCCAUUCCUUAUUAUCGAGUUUUUAUUUCUUAUUGGAAUUAACGUCUAUGGAUGGAGAUCUUCUGGUGUCAAUCACGUUUUGAUAUUCGAGCUGGAUCCACGAAAUCACCUUUCGGAGCAGCACCUCAUGGAAUUAGCCGCUGUCCUCGGAGUUGUCUGGACGCUUAGCCUAUUAAGUUUUUUAUACAGCGCAAGUCUAAGCAUUCCACCGUACAUAAAUCCAUUAGUACUUGUCUGCAUCAUGCUGACGUUUCUAUUAAAUCCAAUUAAGAUUUUUCGCCAUGAAGCUCGUUUCUGGCUGUUGAAAAUCAUAGGACGCGUUUUAAUAUCACCGUUUGCGUACGUCAAUUUUGCUGAUUUCUGGUUGGCAGAUCAAUUCAACAGUUUGGCGACUGCAUUCUUGGACUUUCAUUUUUUAAUAUGCUUUUAUAUUAUGAACGGUGACUGGUUAGAGGCAGGCGACACUACGCAAUGUAUGUCUGGCUCUCUCGUUAUCAGACCUAUCGUAAAUUGCCUACCCGCGUGGUUUCGCUUCGCGCAAUGCAUUCGUCGAUACCGAGACUCCAAAGAAGCUUUUCCGCAUUUAGUGAACGCUGGAAAGUAUUCUACAACUUUUCUCGUCGUUGCAGCUAAUACUUUAUACACUUAUUAUGCAGUGGAAUAUAAAAGUCAAUGGGAGAAUCCAUGGUUAUGGUUAUGGAUAUGUAGUUGCCUUAUUAAUUCGAUAUAUUCAUACACAUGGGAUCUCAAGAUGGAUUGGGGCCUUUUAGACAGUAACGCCGGCGAAAAUCGUUUUCUGCGUGAGGAAGUGGUUUAUUCGGCAUCUUGGUUUUAUUACUUUGCAAUAAUCGAAGAUUUUAUACUACGUUUUGUAUGGAUUGCAAGCUUUGUUCUUGUUGAAUGCAAAUACAUUUCUAGCGACUUAAUGACUUCCAUCGUGGCACCUCUUGAGGUCUUUAGACGAUUUGUAUGGAACUUUUUCCGUUUGGAGAACGAACAUUUAAAUAACUGUGGUAAAUUCCGUGCCGUACGCGAUAUCUCGAUAGCACCCAUAGAAAGUUCUGAUCAGACGCAAAUUCUACGCAUGAUGGAUGACGAAAAUGGUGUACUUAAUAGGGGCAAGCGUAAAAGCGGUGGUAAAAAACAGAACAAUGCGAAGGAGGAAAAACGAGCAUUGCUUAAAGAAGAAACCAUAGAUAUCGAUAUAUCGAAUGCAAGUUGAAUAUAGCUCAAAAUUUUUGUACAAUAUUACUUUUAAUUUGCUGCAAUUGCAGACUGCUAUUGGAAGUGUCUGAAAUUUAGUACUUAGGUAGGGAAGAUAAAUCACAAUUUCGUAAAUAACAUAUAUUUGAUUUUGCUACAAUAUAGAUGAUUAUCAAAUGCUUCAGCUUAAUAUUAUGAGUUUGAAACUCUUAGCCUCAGUGCCUUUCAUAUUACUGUCACAUAAAAUACUUUACGAUAAAUUAAAAUAACACAAAAUAUCAUAGCAUCUGCAUUGAGUCUUCCAAUACAAAGAGUUGUAGCUUGGAUUAACUUUAUGAAUUGUAUAGUCUACAGGCACAUAAUAAGAAGAGUUAUACUCACAAAUGAAUCACAUGAAACAUACUUUGCAUGCUUUAUGAGUUAUUGAUGAUAAAGAUUUUGUUUGCCAAUGAUUUUAUUGACUAUAUUGCUACUAAAUUUUUUCUAAAAAUGCCAUUUUUUAAUAAUAAGUUUAAUUGAUUAUAAAUAUAAAUAUUUCUACGAAUGUAAAAAAAUAGACUAUUGAUGCAUCACAUAGUCUGAUGUUAUCACGCUAUUAAGAUAAAUGACACUUAAUAUAUAGACUAAUAUUAGAGGCUGUUUUUUUAUACGUAUUGAACAUACAGUACUUACGUCAUAUGCAUUGCAGUUUAUUGGAUUAUAUAAAUUAUUUUCUGGCAGCAAGAAGAAUAGAUGUACAUACCAUUUGCAAAUUCAAUAUUUAAUUUAGCAAUCCUUUGUAUUAUUUGGAUAAUACUAUUUUGUAUAAAAUAGUAUUACAAUUAAUCCACUAUUUUAUAGAAAUAUUUUGUGAGAUAAUAUUCCCCAUUAUUCAUUAUUAAUUUGGAUAUUGAUAAUAUAAUUUUUGUAAGAAAGACUAUUUAGUAUUUUCAGUUAUUAAAUACUUAAAUAUAUAUAUAUUUAAUAAUGAGGAAAGAAGUCGCGCAGAUGUGU